GCAGCAGCAGCUCAUCACUCCAGCCCAGAAAAUGGCGGAGGAGUGUAAGUGGAGGAUGGAUGUCGUGGCGGCAGAAGAAGAGAAUAACGCGCUUAUGGCAGAGCUCACCGAGAAGUACAAUUUAGCGCAGCUUCAGAAAGAGCAACAAAACGAAGAAGACGAAGGCUGGACGACCGUCACAAAAGCUUUUAAGAAGAAAAUAGCGCCUGGAGCGAUCCAAAAGAAAACCACAAAACGUGCACGAGCGAAGCAGAGAAAAAUGGAGCUGGUCAACUUCUACUCCUUCCAGCACCGCGAUCGCAAGAAGCAACAAUGGGAGAACCUGCGACGACAAUACGAGCAAGCCAAGGAAUCCUUCGAGAAAGCGCGGCAAGGUCGAAAAUUCAAGCCUUUAUGAUGUUGCUUCAAUUUUUAAUUUAUCUUCCAAUUAAAAUACUGCGCGUG